AUCAAAAUGUGUCAGCUUUGAUAUCUAAACUAGUAAAGGCAUACAGGAAGGUGAAGAAGAAUUCGAAAGGAGAUAGACAGAGACGUGAAAUGGAUCAACUUCUGAACAAUGAGUUUCUUCUUGUCAGAUCAAGAGGAGCAAAGACCCCAGACACACCAAGAAAGCAAAGGCUGAGAGAGACUGUGUCUAAUUUGAAAAAGCAGACCAAAGGUAUGAAAAGGAAACUUGGCUUACAAGAAACUCGUAUUGCGGAUUUGGAGACAUCUGUGGUGCAAAAAGAUGCCCUUGAAGAAAGACUUCUUGAAGAAGUUUCCGAACGGCAGACUGCUGAACUUAAAGAGCUUGAUGGGAGUCACCAGGCACUGCUGGAGGACCUGCAAGCUAUCACCAUGAAGUUUGACCCAAUCAAGGAUGAGCUCACCAAGUACAAAAAAAAGAAUGACGAUGCUAAGAAGCAACUUGAAGCGACAGAGGAAAAAAUGAUGAAAGUGAAGAGCAGAGGAAAUCAGUCAGAACAUUGGAACCCUAAUAAGAAGCGUAAACGAAGAGAAGAGAGCUUGGGGAAAUUUCAGGCUGAAGCGCGGAGAGCGCAUGAAACUAUAAAUGAUCUGAAAGAAGAAAUUGAAACCACAAAAGCUCAACUACAACUCAGCAGAAAAUCUCUUGAGGACCUGGAGACAAAAUGUGAAAAACUAAAGACCCAAAAGAGAAAGCACUACAAAAGUUUGUGGACAAUGAAAAGAAAUCGUAGUAAACACGAGGAACAAGCUAACCAAUUGGAAAUGGACAAUCUCCAAGAGAGAAUCCAUUUUCUUGAACAGAAAAAUAUGGAGUUGCAGCAGUUGAUAAACCUCAUGGAAGAUGACAAGAUCCAGACAUUUGCAGAUGGAAAAUUCAACGACUCUGUAUGUCUUACCAUCAUGGAGCUACUUGCAUGCAAUGUUUCCAUCAGCAAAAUUGACACGGUGAUACGAACUGUUCUUAAAAAUCUUGCCGGGAAAGAGGUGGAUCGCCUCCCCUCAAUGGAAACAAAAUCCAGGAUCCUAUCAGAAGCACGGCACUUGGCUGAUGUGGAAGUAGCCAGUGCUAUGAAGGCUAGUCGUCCAGGAGAUGCCAUAGGUAACUGCAUCCAUGGUGACGGAACGAUGAAAUACCUGAAAAAAAACCGGAAGUUUCAGGUUACCUUACCUGAUGGAACUUCAAGAACCAUGGGCCUGUGUGAGAUGGCAGGCAGGGACACCUCAGCUGUAUUCGAUUCGUUCACAGCCCAAGUGCAAGAACUGGCAGAUAGUAUAUCUACAGAAGCAACAGAAUCAACAAAUAUUACCAAAAAAAUAAUGACAACUAUAAAGAGUACAAUGACUGACCAAGGGCCCACCAUGCCGCAAUUUAGUGACAAACUCCGUGUAUUGAAAGAGGAGCUCCUGCCGGAGGUUGUUCGAAACUGGGACUUGCUGGAGCAGGAAGAGAAGGCAACGUACCAGCAGUUCGCCACUUUAUACUGCAAGAUGCAUCCUUUGAUAGAUUUUGACGAAGAGGUUGACAAGAUACUCAAAGCAUAUGAAGACAUAGCAUCUAGUGGGAAAACCAUGCACACACUUCUGACAGGAGAAUCUGGGGUUCGGCGCCUUAUCAGAACCGGGAGUAAGGCCUUCCACCAUCAGGGAUGCGACAAAUCUGGAGUCGAGGACUCUUUCUCCUCCUACAUUCGUCAUGAGUUUGACUCGGACAAUCUUUUGGUCGACUAUGUAGGCAAUAGGGCCAACAUUUUGUUCGAGGGAGCUGCGGUAACGUUUUACCAUCUCCAGCACUUUCGGAACUUUGUGUCCAUUCUCCCCGAGCCAAACAACCUCCUUCGAUCAGUGGCAGAAGAUGCGGCAGACAGAGUUUAUGAAGCAGAGUUGCGUGCUCUUGGGAUUGUGCACAAGAUCAUCACUGAGCCCUUCUGGACUGCUGUGAAGACAGCAAGGAACAUCCUUGAGCUGAAUGAUGUUUUGCAUCAUCUCCAACUUAAGUUAACAGCAUGGAAGGAUGGUGGUGCCGACAUGUUGUCUGGUAUGUCAGCGGUGACAGGCAUUUCUCCAGUGAAGGACUCUGUCUACGAUAAGCUCUUCAGUGACGAAGAGGAUGCAGACAAACAUGCCAUCUGUGUCCAGGCCUUGGAGCUGAUAUGCUGUGCAAUCCUGCAAAUAUUGGAACGACAGUGCAAGGAUCACCUACCAGGGGGCAAGUACUGGAAGCCGUCCACAUCUUUCGAACAGGCAUUCUUCAAAGUACCAUCAACGAAUCUAAUAGGAGAGAGAGAUUUCGCCAUCUUAGACAUGCUUGUUAGGCAGAAGCCAUCAGCGAGAGUGAUUAGCCUUGAAGCCCUAAUGAUAUGGACCAACAAUAAGACGGCAGCAUGGUUAGAGGAUUUGGAUGAAGAAAGACGGGCGGAGCUCAUGACCGAAGCCAGGGCAAGAGCUCCAGCUGUACUAAAGAAGUACAAGGAAAGGAUGGUCUCAAUAAAAAGUGAGAAGUGGAGGCUUCUCCAAGAGAAGCAGAGAAAUAAAGAAGAGAAGACUAGAAAGCAGGUGUCUGAAAGAGUGGCUCUUAUCGACAGUGUCAUCAGCCAAGGUGGUAUUUGGAAGAAAAAGGAGAAAAUUGAGGAGGAGCUUGAGAAGAUGAAAGAUGGAGAUGAGGAAAGUGUUCGAAGAGCCAUCUACAUUCAGCUCUGCUUCCAUCAAAGAGUGCUCCGGUUGAAGGGACAGCCUGAGCUUUUCCAACUUACUACGACUGUGGAUGAGAAAAAGACAUUUACUACCCAGGAAAUGAAGGAGCAUCUCUUCAUGGUUGUCGAAGAAAAUGACGUUCCUUCUUCAGAUCCUAAUCUGUUGGUGAGUCAACUAACAGACGACAAUCAGUUUUCUUUGCAUCAAAGAAAUCCAAAGUCUCUUGCCUUGAAGGGAAAACUCUACAACAAAAUGGAGUCAGACACGAAAAAACGGGAAAUCAAAGCUUCAAAGGAGCUCUUGGAAUCCUUCCUUCGAAAUCCUGUUUCACUUGUAGGGAAAAGGAUCAAACACAAGUGCUGGGAUGAAGAACGCACAGAAGCCAAGUGGUUUGCUGGAGUAGUGAAGAGCAUUGUUAGUGAGGAUGUAAAUCCUUUGAAUACAGAAUAUGCUGUAGAGUAUGAUAUACCAGAUGAUGAAGAAGAGGGUGAGGAAGCGCAAGAUUGGGUGUUUGACCUACUGCAAGACCUAGAAAAGAAUGACUUGAUAAUAAUGUGAUUUGUAAUACAAAGUUUACAAGGUAUGUGCAGUAAAGGUACAUGUAAAAGACAGUACUGUACAUGUAGUUGCAGCAAACAAUUUCAUUGGAAAGUCUUUUAAAUCAAGGUUAAUUGUCAAACUAUUAGCAUACAUGUACAUCUAGAUCUAGUACAUUCAUGUAAACUUAUCUUUGUAAAAUAAUGAAAUCUGAGCUCAAAAUAGAUAAUUCUGAUGAUCGCUUACACAAAAAAGUAUAUUUCGGACAGUAUAUUGAUAAUUCUUCGAAAAAUACCCAAUGUUUGAUGGAAUUCCUUGCUUAUUUUGCUCAUUUCUCAGCAAUUACGCAUUUUCUUCCAGAGCUAUUUGGCACAUAUUUUUUAUUCAUACUUACAAACACUUUGGUGGUAACUUCAUUGGAUUCUGUUCGAACUCAUUUUGAGAUCGUUACCACAACUGGUAUUUAUCUUUGAUCUUCUGAUAUUGAUCCUUGUAAUGUGAAACAUUUUUAUUCCACAGAUCAAACAUUAAAAGAAUAUAAUCGGUAAUUCCAGUAAUGAUGAUAUUGGUGAAGAUAAAUGAUAAUGAAAAAAGAGAUUAAUUAACUCAAAUCAUUUCUGUAACUCAGGACCUUUUGAAUCAUUACCAUGCAUGUACAUUUACAUUGCACUUGUAUAUAUUCAUCAUAAUUUACAAGUAUUAAUUGAAUGGUUCAUUGAAAACUCUCAUUGCCUUGUUUAUCGUAUUGAAGGAAAAACUAUUUUCAAUGGCUGAGGCCCGUAUUCUGAAGUCAGGUUUAACUUAGACCACGGUCUAACUCUGAGCUAAAAUUAUGGGGAGCCAAAAAUUCAAAAAUUAUGUUUUUAUUGUAUAUUUCUUAUGUUUACUAUUUUGUUUCCUUUUGCUUUCAUAAUGAAGAAAAAUACUUCAGUUGUCAUUCCCAGACAAUUAAGAACAAUUUGGGUGUCAUAUGAGUUAGUAAAUGGAAUGUGUACUGUUAGGGAUUUGUGCCCCAAUUGGCUCUCCAUAGUUAAACCACAACUUUAAACCAGGUUUUAAUUUAAACCUGAGUUCAGAAUACAGGCCUUAAUGUUUAUCAGCAUAGAGAAAAGCAGAAAGUAUCAACUUUCUUAGAACAUUGACAUGGAUUACUGUUUUUACAUAAUUAUCAUGACAUUUUACUGAUUAUGAAUGUUUUUAUUCAGAUUUCAAGUUCCAGUUAUAACUUUCUGUUAAAACUUGUGUAAAGGCCUGGUCCCACUGGCCGACGGAUGCAAAACUUAUUCAUAGCGGAUACAGCGUACAAGCAAAAUUUCGGGGUGGCUCCAUCCGUUUUCAUCUGCUCCAGACAAUGGACAAAAUGGGCGAACACUGAAAUCACAGUGGGCGGAUGCUCAAUGGAUAUGAGCGUAUGAAACAUGUAUGCAAAGAGUAUACAACGGAUACAGAACGUUUUCCAAUGGAUGGCAAGAUUCUUUUCCGUUUUACAUCCUCUCUGCAUCCGUUAAGUGCAGUGGGACCAAGCCUUUAGGGUGAAAAAGCACUUCACGUUAGAAAAAAGGAAACAAUAUAAUUGUGAGCAUAUGCAAAUUAAAUCUUCAUUACAUAUCAUA